AUGCAGAAAACCAACAUGGCGCCAUUGAUUCAAAGACUCUUAUUUUUGGGUAUAAUUCUUUUACUGACGAAUCAUUAUGUCAAAUCUUCACCUGCUAGAAUUCCCGUUAAGGAUGAUAAGGAUAAGGAAACUUCAGAUAAAAGUCAGACGGACAAUGGAGAGAAGAAUUCUGUGGUCCAAAGUCGAGAGGAGAAAGCUGGUAAGAGCUGACGGUUUUUAAUAGGCUCAUGAAACUCAUUUAACGUGGGUUUACAAAGUAAGGUCGUGUUGAUUGUGCCUGUUAAAGCUCAUACACGUUUUAACUGCCUCAGAUGUGGAAGACGACCAACGACAAAAACCAGUGGAAUCGCAGGAACGAAAAGAACAGCCUAAAGAGGAAGGUGAGAAUUAAGCUGAAACAAAGUUUGAGAUGAAUCAUCGUUAACAUACGUUUUACUUUAAGCCUUCUUAAAGAGCCUGUUAGUGCCUUAUUCUUUAAAUUUUUUUGUGUUCUACUAAUUGAGGUUCUCUUUUUGUAAAGUUAAUUUAAAGACUUAGCUGGCUGUACACGUACAGCUGUUCAUAUAUUGAAUGGUAUCGAAUCUAUCUCGGCCAGUUGUUGCACGCUUUUGUUUAAACUUCCGUUAAUCGAAUCAUUUCCAACAAUGUUUAUAGCUGUGGAGCUUUGCUCAUUUACGACAAAGUAGGCUGAUGUUUAAAAUUAGGAUAAAAUUUUGAUAAUCUCUGCAUGUUGUCCUUUUGCAGUGUAUUUAAAAAUUAAUAAUGAUAAAAAAAGCUUGAAUAAAAAUUCAAGCUUUCACUUAACAAUGGUAUCAUCAGGAAUAAAAACAAUGUUCUGCAUAAAGCUAGCUAUAUGUAUAUCACACGCAUAAAAUACUUCUUAAAAAAUUGUGUGCAUACGGUAUUUAUGCACGAGUUGUUGACGUAUGAAAAAUCGAACUAGUGAGCGCCUCGAACUUGUGAAAUUUCUGAUAUAAAAAUAACAAGUGCUUAAAUACUGCACAAAGCACUUUCCAUGUGGUAUUGUGUUUAUUAUAUAGAAUACUGAGACAAUCGUGCUUUGGCCAGCCUUUUAUUUCAAAUCAUGUUUGUAAAACACGUUGCCGAUAAACAACAAUUCCGUGUGAAAAUUCCCGCCGUUUUUCUCUGACGCUAAGGUAGACAUUGCCAUGCCUAGUCCCUGUUCGGCGUGUUCCCACGCAAUCUCGGUGAAGGCAUUUCGGUGGCGUAUCUGAGAAAAAGAACUCGCUCGGACCACGUGACCCGAAACGCAUUAGCCGCGCGGAAUAAUGAGACCUAUAGACAAGGCAACGGCAGACAGUCUUUCUGUACAGUCCUUCGAUAUCAUUAAAAACACUGGACACGGGAAUUUUGUUAUUGGCCGUAAUCAAACUAGAGCUAGAAAUGGAUUAUCCGUCUGAGACUGGCUUCUGUACAGUCACCCCCUCCCCCCCCCCACACACCCCUUUUCCGAUUUUUUCUGAGAGGCCUGAGAGGAGGGGGCGGCUGUACACAGGCUAUCUGAAACGGAUAAUACAUCUUCAAAUUGUCCGUCAAAAUUGACGGAUAAAGUCAGGCGGAUUGUUUAUUCAAAAUGAACACCCUUUCCAUUUCAAAUUAAGACGUAUUACCUAUCUCACGCGAAUCAUCAAACGGAUAACCCAUCUCACUCGAAUAAUCCGUCCCUAGUGUGAAAACGGCCAUUUCUGUUAUAAAUGAAUGUCCCCCCCCCGCCUUGAGUUGGGCGUCCGCGUGUCUGCUUUUGCUUUUUCACAAAGAUUAUUUUUAAACUGACUAUUGACAUUUCUAUGUGUAAAAUAUUAGAUAUUGAAUACUUUAUAAAUAGUAUGAUCUAUUAAAUGUUAAAAUUUUUCAAAAGAAUAACUUCAUUUUAUUCCGAGGUGAUUCUAAGACUGUAAUUUUGCUUUGAAGAUACAAAAAAUACAGGUUUAUUAAUAUUUAACUCUCUGAAACAAAAGAAAUUAAUUUUUAACUUUUUGUUAACCGUAACUGAAAAAAAUUAACCGAUAGCCGUAAAAGAGCCAAAAUUUUAGCCGAUAACCGUAAAAGCCACCACCCCAUUGAGACCCUCUUAUUCAAGGCUGGGCGCUAAUUUAUCAAAGAAAAACGGUGCAUACCGUACAAUGCUUCGUAAGGUAUAUGAUUUUUGAGAGUAGAUUUAAAGGCUGGAGUAUAGGAAAGAGAAUGAGCUAACCUUGCCGAUAGACGGCGCCUUUUUAGGUUCUUUCUUAAUCNGAACUUGUGAAAUUUCUGAUAUAAAAAUAACAAGUGCUUAAAUACUGCACAAAGCACUUUCCAUGUGGUAUUGUGUUUAUUAUAUAGAAUACUGAGACAAUCGUGCUUUGGCCAGCCUUUUAUUUCAAAUCCUUCCAAAGUCCUAAAACACCAAAAUUUGCUCCAACACACCGCGAAGUGACAAAGAAAACAAAAUAAUAUUAGUAUUAACUUUAGAGGUAAUCAUUGAUUACGGAUCUGUGUUUCUCACUUACGGAAAAUUUAAGGAAGCAAAUUGAUUCAAAAGGAGUCCAGUUUCCUCGCUUAGGUGCCUCUGAUAAAAUUAAUAGGGGUGGCUAAUUUACAGUCACCUGUGAUAGCUCAAAAUUUCUACCUUAGUGCCACAGGACCACCAGGUAAUAGCAUGAUUUGUAGUGAUAUUUGGCAUAAAUACCACGAGUGAUAUUUUAAAAUUGUUAUACAGUGUAUGUAAUUGAGACAAUUUUGAAAUAUCACGAGUGGUAUUUAUGCCAAAUAUCACGUACAAAUCAUGCUAUUAUUUGUUUGUACUACUACAAACAAAAGGUUUGUAGUUUUCACCUGUAGGUAUUUCAAAUUAAGCUGAAAUACCACUGCUCUAAGCCAAUCAAAUUGCAGAAAUUUGUCAUGUAGUAGAAAAAUGGAUGAAAUUCCUAGUUUGAAUAUAAGCUUAAACAGAAGCAUAAUAUAAGACUUAAGUUAGUUCCGAUAAAAAAGUACAAUCACAAGCUUACAUCUCCUUCGGUUUUUCCCCCUUCCACUGUUGUUUUGCCCAGUUACCACCUUCGUGCAAAAUACAUUGACACUCAAAUAAAGUGCAUUUUUGUAUUGUAGCGUACUCAUGAUUAUUUUUAAUCAUAACUAUAACAAAAUUCUCAAAUCUGAUUGGCUAUCAUCUGUCUUGAUUUCAGCCUUAAUUGGACAGUUUAAUGGACAGUACAUGUCAUGCCUAAGUAAUUGGACAGUACGUGCCAUCACACAUGUGCUUAAAUGACUUUUUUUUUCUUGCUGCUAGCAAAAAAACUUGGAAUUUCUUGUAUUUUGAUUUAAAAAAAGAGCCUUGUACAGUACAGCUCAGAGAUAAGCGUCCACGUUAACGCGCUUAAAACUAGUUAGUGAGAAAUUCGUUGGUUUGAAAUGACUCCUGGGCUCAAACCUUUCACAAAUUCGGUAAUGCGAGUCCGUUUACUUAAUGCGCUUCAAAAACAGGCUUGCAUUAGAACUGAAUUAGUAUGUAUGAGCUAGUGUAUUGUUCCUGGUUUAUUGUUGUCGCAAUAGCCGCAACAAAAGGCUUAACAACGUCUACAAGACUCGGUGAAGACUGAAACAGGGUUUUGAUUCUGCACAGUAAUCGACUGCUUGAUUUCACAAUAUACGAAGUACGUGCUUUCAAACUAGUUAACGAUUUUGCGUUAACGCAAAAAACGUGUGUGUGUUUUGCUUGUCCCUUGGUCGUUUAUCUCUGAGAUGUACUGUGUAUCACAAGUUUUGUUAAAGUUAUGAUUAAUUGGUAACAGAACUUCGUGUCGUCCAAUUCUGUCUGUAAUCAUACUCGUGAUUAAACAAAUGGGACUCCUGCUACGCGGUCAUCCGAUUUUGUUAAUCACUUGUAUGAUUACAGACUGAAUUGGACUCCACUCAGUCCUGUUACCAUUACUAACACACACUUUUAUGACACCCGCUUAAUACAGACACCUUGUUAUUAUGGACAGUUUUCUUUGUCCAUGGGGAAUGCCCUCACAUUUUCUUCAAAUUCAAACAAGUUAAUACGAACACCUGAUGCAGACAAAGGACACUAUUUUCUUGCCCAAUUAACAGAUUCUCAUUGAAAGUCAACCACGGUAAUGCCAAUACUUCAUAAUCAACUGUGUAUUGUAAUAAAUGUUUCCUUUUUAAAGGCAAAAAAACCUUCAGUUGACAGCAUGUUGAUGUUUCCAGUUCUACAGUAUACUGGAUUAUGAUGAAUAAUGUUGACAUCAAUUUUAGACUAUUUUGGCAUGAAACAAGUUAAGCAAAGAAGGGUUUUAAUUAAGCAAUAUAUGCACAUGUACAUGUAGAUGAGCGAUUUAUUGAGUGUUUCCAAGGAUUUAGUCCACAGAAUGACAGCUUUGUGAAGGUUAGACUUGUUUAAAUUGACAGGGCUGGUGUGCUCUUUUAUCCAUUAUAGUCUCUCUUUCUGAUAAAAGGUUACAUUUUAUUUGUUACUUUAAUAGCAUGACCCGCUUUUACAGACACCCUGUGAAUACUGACAAUUUCCAUAAUUACCCCUACAGUUUCAGUAUUAAAAGGGUGUGACUGUAACUGAGUUUACAUUUACAUGAGAGUAUUACAUCAAUUCAAGUAUGUGUUGCUUUCCUCUAGCUCAAAAACCUAAAGUAGACAACAGAGAAAACUCUGCUAAAAUCAAAUUUGCUGGUGGUGGUGGAAGAUUGGAUGAUGAUCAGUCAGAUUGUGCUGAGGACAUAACUCGUCUUUGUCCUGAAAUUCCAAAAGGAAACAACUUUGCCCUGCUUGUUUGCUUACAGGAAAAAGCCAAGGUACAGUGUACAUUGUAUUGUAGAUUAUAA